GAGAGACAGUUGGGUGUUAGCAGAAGAGAAGAAAGUCAGCAACACACUGAUAUGAACUUCUUGACAAGAGCGAGAUCGGAGCUGACCCCAGAGAGCUUCAGCCUCUCUCACAAUGACAUCUCCUCUCCCUCGUCCUCUAGAGAAGAGCUUGGCUCGCCCCUGGCUGUCUCAGAGCUCAGGACCACGCUGUGCCGGGAAGAACCCACCUUUAGAUCACCUUCCCCUGGAUGCAGAUCAGCUCAGCGGAGCCUCUCGAGCUCCAUCCUGGAGGUCCAAAGACUGAACCCUCCUUUGAGGCCACGACUGACCUCCACUGUCCUGUAUCCUACCUACACCCCUCGCUCAGGGUACUCUAGGACAGGCCAGAUGCAGUUCAGGCUCGGAGGGAGGGAGAGGGGAGGUGGGGGAGAGAAAAAAACAUGCUCUUCUGGAGGACACUCAGUGUCUCCCUAUCAGGCGAACCACUGGGCCUGUGCCAUCCCUAAAUCUUUGCCUCCAUCUCCAGACAGACACUCUGCAGGCUGGGACCCAAACAGGGAGUACCAAGACCUGCUGGAUUACACCUACCCUCUGAGACCGGGACAGGUGGUCACUGAGUGGGGCAGCUCCGAGCUCCAGAGAGAGUCUCUCCUCCAAACAGAUCCAAACUUGCAGGACUCAGGGAUCGAACUGGACCACAUUUGUAGCUCCACCAGCCUGUCAGGGUUGGGCUUUACUGUGAGUGGCACGGGGCAGACCAGAGAACGAAGCACUCUUAGCGCGGGUCAUAGGUCACCUAACCUGCAGGCAUUCUCUAAAUCCUCAGAUGGUCUUCCCUCCAGUACCCAGCUCUCCUUAACAGACCCUGUGGGUUUGUCCUUGGACAGUCUAGACUCCAGUAAGGACAGAGGUGGAAUGAAUCAUUACAAGAGCGAUGGUCACCAUUAUCAGCGCCAUGCACUGUCCUCCUCCACCUCCACUGCUUACAUUCGCUCCACCAGUGUUCUUCCACUGUCCAGGUGUGUGUGUGGGGAGGUGGACGAGGAGUUCUGGCCUCUUCCGGAGCAGCUGGAGGAGCUGCAGCUGCUGUCCAGACAGGUGCGGGAAGUGACGGCCCAGCUGAGCCAGCCUGUCACAGCCAGCUGGGAGUCUCUGGGGCCAGGCACCACCUCCAUCCUGUCCUCCAUCACCCUGCCUGACAAACAAGAGGCUGAAGCAAAAGAGCCGCAGGCACACAGACACACAGACGAAGGAAAAGAUGAGACGGGCAGAGAGGGGAUCAGUGCUGCUCAGACGGCAGCUGAUCACUCUGACGCAGUGAGGAGAAGUUCUAGAGCCUGGGUAGAGCCCAUUGGAGGGGGACUGAGUCGGUCCAGUCUCAGGGAGGUGGAGGCCUUGGUGGAGCAGCUGUGUGGCCUCACCCUGCCUGGCAGCCGUAGGAGCAGCCAGGAGAACCAGGAGCAAAGUGACUCCCUGAUGAAGCACAUCCAGGUCUUCUGUUCACAUCUGGAGCUGCUCAUCCAGCGGCUGUACGCGGUAUCAGAGAAGAUGGAGCUGCUGGCCGCACCCACUGUGGACAUCGACAGCGUGAGGUCGUCUCUGGCUGAGUAUCAGAGUUUUCAGAGAGAGGUGAGCAGCCAUCAGCCCCUGACCUCCUCUGUUCUGCACAGCGGACAGCUCCUCCUCAGCUGCCUCAACACCACGUCUCCAUUCUUAAGAGAUGCCCUGCUGUUGAUUGAGAGGCAGUCUGGAGCUCUGGAGACACACACCAAACACUUCUUCUCCUCCAUCCUGUCUGCCAUGGACAGCCUGACCCAGCCCAGUCUAGUCCAGCAGAGCAGAGAGGAGGACCUGGGCCCUGUGGGCUUCCAGGGGUCCACUGUAUGAACUGUCUGCAGGACGCAUCUGUGUACAAGCAUAUGGUUUCUCUCACUUAUUUAUUAGUUUUCUUCCAAACAAUUAAUACAAGGUUUUUUGUCUGUUUGUAAUGGAGAGCAAGAUUUUCAGAGUUUGCAAAGAACUUCCAUGAAAACAUUCAGGACCAAUUUAAACUGAUCACAUUGAAUAAUACAGGACCUCGAAGUGCUCCUAAAACCCUUUUCUAUAUUGUCUUAAUAUUGCACUGCUUUUUCUACUCAUACAGACUUAACCCUCUUCGGGUCAGGCUUUCUAUCACUUGUAAUGUUUAAUGUUGAGUCUCAGUCCGACCUGAAAAGAAGUUACAGAGUGCUGCAGGAAUGAGUCCUUUUGGUUAGAUGUCUGGAACUGAGGUUUGUGGUUGAACAAGCAAGACAUAAAUAGGAUUGCUCGAGUCUUGGUGGGGUGGGCUACCAUAUAAGGACAUUUAUCAGCAAGUACCCCACCUGGUGAAUGCUGAAUCGUUUACGUUCCUUAAAAGUGUCUUAAUGAGAGUAGAGAGGUUGUCUGUGACAUUAAAACACAGAGACUGAUCUACUCAUUAGUCCGCCUUUACAGCCUCGCUACAGCUCUUGUAAACUAUUCUAACUCAAACUUUACAACUCGUAGAUUUCAUUACAAGUUGGAACUUUAGUGCUGGUGAAGUAGCGUAGUUCAUUUAUGGCCUAAUGUUAGCGGUUUCCUUUUGCCGAUCAUCAAUUAUAAAAGUGGUGUUCAUUAUUGAAGAUGAUCUUGCUAAACAAAACAAAAGUAAGUAUCAUAAAUCAUUGUUUACCACAGUAAAUAAUCCAAAAUAAAGUGGAGAAAUCCCAUUGGCUCUGUGUCGAAGGAACAGGGUGUUGCUUAAUACGUCAUCCCUGCAGCACUCUAUAGAGUCCACAGAGCAGCAUCUAGAACAUGUAGGCAGAAACUGUGUGUGUGCAAUAGGAAUAACAAAAAAGGAACAUUUCAAAGCCUUUUUAACAUUCAUUUUGUGAUUAAAUCAUUGAUUCAUCAUUCCAGGGUGUAACAUUAAGAAGAUCUAUUUUUAAAAUUUUGUACAAUAACCUGAAUAUAGGAAUUGUUGUGUUUUCAUUACCUUAGA